CCGACCGGCCGCCUCACGAACACAGCAGCAGCAGCAGCCUCCGACCCACCGACAUGGCCGCCGGGCGCGGGGGCGGCAGCCUGCCGGAGGACGCGCCCGGCGCCGACCUCUACGCCGUGCUCGGGCUGAGCAGGGAGUGCACCGACGCCGAGCUAAGGGGCGCCUACCGGAGGCUCGCCAUGAGAUGGCACCCGGACCGGUGCUCGGCGUCCGACAGCUCGGCGCGCGUCGAGGAAGCCAAGGAGCGGUUCCAGGAGAUCCAGGGCGCCUACUCCGUGCUCUCCGACUCCAACAAGCGCUUCCUCUACGACGUCGGCGUCUACGACAGCGAGGACGACGCCGCCAACCUGUCGGGGAUGGGCGACUUCCUCGGAGAGAUGGCCGACAUGAUGAGCCAGGCCACGCCAACGGAGACCUUCGAGGAGCUGCAGCAGCUGUUCGUGGACAUGUUCCAGGACGACCUGGACCCGGGGCUCUUCGGCGGCCUCCCUCCGAGCCGCUCUUCCCAGAGCCCGCCCAGCACCUCCUCGCCGCCGCCGCCGCUGCGGCCUCCUCCUGGGAGGAACAACAAUGCGCAAGCACCGCCGGCACGGCUCGGCGGCGUCGGCAAGCGCGGCGGCUCGCCGGCGGCGCACUCGGCGGCGAAGCGGCCGAGGCCCGGCCGAGGCGGCGGCCUGCAACCCGACCUGGGCCUGUCCGGGUUCUGCUUCAUGGAACCAGGAUAGCGCCGCGCAGCAUCUCCCCUGCCCUCCUGCUUGCUGUCCUGCAGUGCAGUCUGCAGAUCCUGUUGCCUUUUUCUUGUUGGCCGUUGAGCUGCACAGCGACGCUUUGAAGCCUGUAGCCCUGUACUGUCUAACUGGUCCUGUCGCUCAACGCGCUUGCAGGUGAGCGAGACGAGGCAGAUGCAGGCGCCCUGCCCCUGGACGACGUGCGAGGUGGGCGGCGGCGCGAGCCGCGACGUCGCCGGCGACGGGAUGCAGUGCUCGUUCCGGCAGAGCCAGGGCGGCGGUGCAGCGCUGUGGCAAUGAACGGGCCGGGCCUCAGCCCCCAGUUAGAGAGAGGCUCAGUGGAGCACUGAUCCCUCGAUUUCUAAUUUUUUUCUCUCGCUCGCGUCAGUCGUUGGAGCUUUGAGAGAACAACACUACAGAAAAGAAGAGGCAAAAUAGAUAUACAGCCUGUUCGGUUGCGCUAGAUUGGCUGGGCUGAUCAGCUCAGCCGCAGCCCAGCCGAACGGUUGGUGAACCUGCUGCCUGAAGCCCCCUAUCGCACACGCACGGACGGCUGAUCGGAUGGGCCAGUUUGGCUGAUCUGAUGGGGGCUAGCGCCAGUCACUUCGGGGCAGCCGAACAGGCUGAUAGUAGUCCUUCAGGAUCAAAUUCAUCUCUUAACUCUCAAAUAUAGUUCCUCAACUUUUAUUUUUAGAUUAGCAUAAGAUUUGUGGAAAAAAAUCCUCUUUGCUCUUGGCACCUUCCCCUUCUAAAAUCAUUUAGGAGACGGACAUCGCAAAGUGUUUAAUUUAAUUUUAAACAUAGAAUUUAUUUACAUCAUAUGUUAUGGAGACGUACUUUACAUACUUA